AUGGUAUUCGUGAAUUGUGUAGUCGAAGAAAAAAUCCCUAUUGAGGCAUCAAUUGAUACGUCCAUUGAUGUGAAUUGCAUUAGCCAAAAACAUAUUGGUGAAUUAGGAAUUACAUAUCACAGUGAAAGCAAUAGCAUUGUAACUCCAGAUGCAUUUUAUUCCACAUUAGGAAAAGUCAAUUUGCAUAUUGGUUUUGAAGAUGGCGAGAAGCAUAAAAGCACACCCGUUGAAUUCAUAGUUUCUGGACUAGAUUGGCCUGAUUAUUUUCCUGACUUAGUAUUGGGAGGGCCAUGGUUUCAAGAAAAUGGUGCAACUUUGGAUAUAUGCGAUUCAAAACUAUUAUUAGAUGAUAAUUUUGCGAUCCCAUUCAAAGAAGUAAAAAAUGAACCUAAUGUAGAAUAA